AUGGAGUCCCCAGGUCCUGAUAUUGGAGGUCCUUAUGGACCGUACAAGCAGUCCGAAAGAACAUCUAUGUACCAGAGCCAUGCAGAGAAGCUGCUGCGAUCUGGGCACGCUUAUCGAUGUUUUUGUUCCACAGAGCGCUUAAAGAGCCUUGCGAAGGGAAGGAACGGCCUUGGUCUAUCCAGCGACUAUGAUCGAACUUGUACCAGCCUCCCAGCUGGAGAGUCGGAGGAACGGGCUUCCAAGGGUGAACAACAUGUUGUUCGAUUGAAGCUUCCUGAGGUCCCACCCACGUACACAGAUCUGGUUUACGGAGUCGUUGGCCAGCGUAAAAGUAAAGAAGGAGCACAUGCGCCACGCCCACAGCUUAGCUUCGAAGACCCAAUUCUCAUCAAGUCUGAUGGUCAUCCAACCUAUCACUUGGCGAACGUCGUUGACGAUCACCACAUGGGAAUCACGCAUGUCAUUCGUGCAGUGGAAUGGAUGCCCUCAACUCCCAAACACAUAGUAAUGUAUAAUGCAUUCGAUUGGAAGCCGCCAACCUUUGCCCACGUCGGGUUGUUGCAGGAUGCAUCGCGGCAGAAAUUCAGCAAACGGAACUUGGCUCUUGAUCUCAACUCUUUUCGGCAAGACGGUAUAUUUCCAGAGGCUUUGGUCAACUACGUUGCCUUGUUUGGCUGGUCGCACAGGCUAGGUGUUGAUCAAUUAAAUUUGCAGGAUCUCGUGCAGAAUUUCGACCUUAAGUUUACGAAAGGUAAUACCAUAGCAGCACCGAAUAAGCUUUUUCACCUUCAAAAGCAUUACGCCCAACAGUAUGCCGAAAAGGAAGAAGGAGAGGAGUACCUAGCAAUGAUUGAUAAAGUCCUUGCUGUCGCAGAGGAGCACCUGCAAGCACAUCCCGAGAGUAGGAUCUAUUCAACUAGCGAGCUCAAAGAGCGCAUUGCUGCUUUGUUGAAUGUCGACGCAAAGAACUAUACCACACCUCUACAAUUUGUCGAGCGUAAUGCCCACUUCUUCUUCAUCGAACCUCGAGAUAAAUACAGACACGGACCGAACGAUGCCGGAUUGACUGAAAAUACUGGCAGAAUCGCAGAUCAUCUCAAGGCAAUCUUGCCUGAGCAGUGGGACGAACUAAGUCUCAGGGAAGCUUUUGACAAUAUGGCUAAUACCCUUUCAACGGAAUCGGGUCCGAACUCUGAGAAAGCUUCCAGAGCUUCUGUGCAACAUUUCUUACGAUGGGCCCUGACAGGAGGUCGUCCGGGUCCAACCCUGAUACUUACAAUGAGUAUACUAGGCAGAGAUGUGUCUCUGAAGAGAAUUGAGGACGCCACGGCAGUGCUAGAGAAGAUGAGGUUCGAAGCCAACAAACGCUCAGCUUAA